AACUUCAGUUUCCAUCUUUUUGUGUAGAUUCUGGCCAAAUCCUCCUGCUGAUCUCAAAACUAGGGCACAAGGGGGACCAUCUUAGUUAGAGUUAGGUUGUAGAAGAAAAGCUGGUCAUAUGAUAGUUUCAUGCCAAGCAGAGAGGAGUAUUUGGUAUACAUGAUUGUAUCCCACUGUUGAAGACCUUUGGACCACAUUGUAAACCCAGGAAGAGGCAAACAAGCCUGUAGGAAAACAACUUUGAACAUCUUGUUCUCUGACUAACAAGAAGAAUUUCUACGGAGAAGUAUGGCUGGUCGUGACGUCUUCCCAGUGGACCCUGUACUGGGGUGAAGGGCUCUGAUAACGCUGCACUUUUAAUUCACCUUUAGUGAUUUGUCAUUUUCCAACAGGCUAGUUCCUUCACCUUCACUCUUUCCUAUAGAAAAGGAGUGACAAAAAUGUGGUUUAAAGUUUAAAACUCUUUGAAUGUGUUAAGAUCACCUCUAAUAAAAAGGGAAUUAGCCUAGGCUUCAAGACCUAAUUUGGAAAACAAGGUCAUAAAUCAAAUCAUCUAUUGCAUACCUAUCUUAUCCUUUAUUUAUCUUUGCACAGUGCUGGUGAUCUAAUGCAGGGCCUCACAUAUGCUAGGAAAGUUCAUCUUGAUGGUAUUGGUGUGACUUUAGCCAGUUUGCCUAGUGGUGGAGACCUGGUAUUUCCUCAUGUUUAAUGUAGUCCCAACUCUCUGAUUUAAACUCUUGUUCCUUAUCCAGUUUGCAUGGAUAAUAAAUCUGGCUUUCUCUCUUCAGCCAACAACCUAUUUUCUAGUUCUCCAAACUUAUUCCACCUAGUGUCUCCAAAAAGUUAGCUUCAUGCAGUAGUGCAGAUAGUAGUGAUAUCUACUGCUGCUAUUUUGUAGUAGAGAUUUUUUUAGACAUGGAUCCUUCUUGAAAACUUCUCCCAGAUCUGUUUCUGACUGCUCUUUCUGUUUUGGUGAAUCCUUCUUCCUUAAAUAAAUGUUGAUGUGCUUAGGGCUUGUCUUACACUGAAUCUUCUCCCAAGGUUAUCUCCUUCCAUACUCUUGGAUUUCAUUCCACUCAAAUAUGAAGCACUAGCCUGAGUUCUCCCUGUGAACUUCAGACCAAUAUAUUUAGCUCCAUGUUGUGCUUUACCUGGGCAUUCCACACACACUAUUCAUUCCCCAAUACUCCUUGUCUUGUUUUCCCUAUUAUACUUGCAUUCUAGCUACCAAGGCUGUCAAACCAGAAGAUAGGGAAGUAUCCUGGCUUAUCUCCAUUUCCUUCACCCCACCCUUAAUCGAUCACCUUGUUCUUUCUCCUCUUUGUAUCUGAGUCUUAUAUAUUUAUCUUUAUCCCUAUAGCCUUUUGUGCACCUGCUUUCACUGUUGGGCUUCCCACCUUCAAUCUCAUGGUCCUCUACCCCAUGCCUCCCUGAACAGACUACUUCAUAACCUUGCUUAAAAGAUGACUUAUCAGAUGACUCUAUAAUUUGUUCCCAAGCCUUAUUCUCCAUCACAGUUAAUGUACAUCAUUUAGGUGUGCACCACUUUGUAAGAUGCUUUCUUCAAAACUGUUUGGAACAAUUAAGCAUACAUAUCCUUGCUGUCUGAAAUAUGAUUCUGAGAAUCUGCAGCACCUGUAUUACCUGGGAAUGUAUUUAAAAUCCAGAAUCUCACCAGGACCUAGUAUAACAGAGUUCUCAUUAAGGUCUGCAGGUGAUUUAUAUGCACGUUAAAGUUUAAGAAGCACUGAUUUAUAAUUUUUUUUUAAAUGAGGGACAGAAUUAAAGCUAAGGGAAAUUCUAAUGAAUCCAUAGCUGAGGUAAUACCAGUAUGUGCAUGUGGUCAGGUGCUAUACUUAAUUUUGGGGGGUAAUAAGGACAGUGCUGAUUUGGGGGAAGCCAAAUUGGACAACUGGAUUGAAGUUAAAAUUUUUAGAGUCUAUAAUAUAGACACUAGACUUAGUACUUAACUCUCCCACCACCUCUGUCUAGCCCAUUUUAUAUAUCUGGCUAUAUAUAUAUAUAUAGUAGGUAUAGUGAUAUAAUAGGCCAGAUAAAAGGUUAGACACUCCCUCCGACCUUCCCUUCCACAGAGCUAAAACCAGAUCCCCUACCUAUCCUCAGUAAGCUGUGAUAGAUAAAAGUCCAGACCUCCCCUCUUGAUUUCUCAAACUGCAGCCUCCCCCUGUCCCUCAGGGCCCACUCAUCCUUUAGCCCAGGUACAACUUCUUCAGAAAGCUCCCUGAAGAAAGUAAGUCCCUUGCCGUGGUCAAGGCCAUUAAGGCAUUUUCACACCAUAUAGCAAUCGUGUAUUUCCUGUGCUGGGAAUCAAACCAAGGGUCUCGCAUGCUAAUCAAUCGCUCUACCACUUAGCUAAGCCCACAGCCUCAAUUGAUUGUUUCUAGUGGCCAGUACACAGCUGUGUUGAAGGGACCAGGUUCUGAAGUGAGGUACGCUUAGGACCCCUCCAACAACAUUUGUUACUUUGAAACAUAUUUUCCUGCCUGGGCUUAUUCGCCUCAUUGUAAAAUAUGGCUAUUAAUAGUGCUUUACUGUCCAAAACUUUUGAGAGGAAUAAGCCAGCUGUACUCCCCAGGAGCCCAAGUGUAAGCAGUAAACUGCUAAACUGUUGCAGUAUUCAGAGGAAAGCUGGCAAGUAUUGCACCAGGUGGAUCUGAAGGCUUGUGCAGAGUCUUAGACUCUUCCCCACCUUUAAGGAGUCUGGUUGCUCUCUAGCGAGUAGGCGGCGCCAUCGGGUUGAGUGAUAGCGAGUGGCCCGCCCCGGGCGUGACGUCGUCCUAGUGUUGUUGCUGCGGCCGCACGUGGUCAACCAAGUCCGCCUCAGACUCAGCAGCAUUCCGCGCCACAGCACCAGCCCGGUUGCCUUCCUGCACCUCCUGUCUGCUAUGUCCACGUCCACGAGCUGCCCGAUUCCGGGGGGCCGGGAACGGCUGCCCGACUGCUACAGCACUACGCCGGGGGGCACGCUAUACGCCACUACCCCGGGAGGUCAGCGGGCCGGGUCGGAGUCCGCAGAGUGCUGGAAAACCAGCGCGCACCAGGAUCAUCUACGACCGAAAGUUCCUGCUGGAGUGCAAGAACUCACCCAUUGCCCGGACACCCCCCUGCUGCCUCCCUCAGAUUCCCGGGGUCACAACUCCUCCAACAGUCCUACCCUCCAAACUGGAGUUGCUGAAGGAGCAGAAGGAGACAGAGGAAGAGAUACCCGAUGACGCACAAUUUGAAAUGGACUUCUAAUCCAGUGCAGAUGAUCCCCCCGUGUGGCGUUAUAGAGGGAUCCCUCAUGCCGCUGUUGCCAACACCUCUUUCUGGGAUAUCCAAAGGACAGCUAGCCUCAUCUAAUCUGGAAAGGAGUGACUUGUUGGCUGCGGAUCUCCUUUAAUUCUGGGGCAGCUAGACCAGGGAUAGGAGUGGGCUACUUGCCAAGCCCUUAGAUCUCCUUUCUCUUUGGUCUGUAGGUACUCCUCCCAACCCCCAGGCCUCUAUGCUAAGGGCUAGGACUAGAGGACAGAAUAUGUCACCUUUUGGCUGCUUAGUAAACUUUCAAACAAA